AUGGAAUCAUCAGCGUCCUCCUCCGCCAAGAAGCGUAAUCGAGCAAAGAACCGACAGAAACGCAAAGAGAAGGAACAGCAACAAGUGGGAUCGGGUUACUCGACACCCGACGAAGAUAUACCCCCCAAUGAGCCCUAUGGGCCAUGGGAUGAGCCAAAACGCCAAUGGGAUACGCGUCUCAGUGGUCAGAUGCCCUCCGUCAUUGACGUGAUCACAACAGCAGACCCUGUCUUCCUCAAAUCCCUACGCGUAUUCAUUGCAGGAGAUGAUAGUCGCAGCCGGGCAAUUGAUAUUUCAGAUGCAGGCGUCGAUAAACUCGUCAAAGCCUGUCCCUCCCUACAGGUCAUCGCGCUUCGAGGAACCCACAAUCUUACCCGUGCCGCCUUCCCCAACAUCCUCAAAUCCUGCAAGGAAAUCGAGUCUGUAAUCAUCAACGUGGUCAAAGGAAAUACCUCCAAACGCACGCGUCUCAACAUUGAUAGUCUGACAAAGAGCUUUGUGCCGAAAUUGAGAUACCUCGAAUUCCGCGGCUUGUACAUCAGCAGCGGUGGCGGGCGAGUACGCUUUCUGGAGUUUUUGACAAAGUGCAGACCAGCGCUGGAGAUUGUGUUUGAAUACGAUGACGGCAAUGAUGGGUUGCAGGCGCUGAUACGGGAUAUGUCUCGUACGCCAUUGUCCCGUGUCCCUGGUACUGGUGAAUACAAGAAGGGCGGACACAGUAACGGCGAAGCCGAGGAAGCCGAGGAAGACUGGAAGGAUCAGUUUGAUUUUGGCUACGAUAUCGACGAGGAUCUCAUCUCUAAUGAUUUCGAGAUGGACGAUGAUUAUGCUGAUUACGAUGAUUUCUACGACAGCGACGAGGAAGGUAUCGAUCCGCAGCAGAUGCGGAAGCUUCUAGCAGCUAUGGAAGCGAUGAAGGGUGGAUCUGGUGACUAUUAUUGA